AUGUCCCAGGCAGAUACCAAGACCCAGCAGCGAGAUAGUAAGACCUCGCGCUCGUCCCUCGCCGACGAGAAAGAGCCCAGUGGGGCGGCCGUCAUGACGCUCGAGGUGGAGACGCGCGCAGACGUGCACGACGACGGCGUGGUGCACCUCGAGCGCCGGUUCAGCUUCAUGGCGUGUCUCGGCAUGGCGUUCAUGAUGCUUAACAGUUGGACUGUGCCUCUAACGCCUGCCCCCAGCCUCAACCUCGUCCUCUCGUCCGGCGGCUCCGUGUCGGUAGUGUACGGCUGCAUGGUCUCCGCGGUCGGCGCGCUCGCGACGGGUCUGUCGCUUGCCGAGCUGUGCCACGUCUACCCGGUCACAGGGGGGCAGUACGACUGGAUCUACAUCCUCGCGCCACAGCGCUUCAAGGUCGGCCUGUCGUUCGUCGUCGGCUGGCUUGCUUCCGCGGGGUGGUGUACCCUGCUCGGCAUCUGCGCGGCCUACUGCGCGAGCAUGAUCCCGGGCUUCGUCGGGCUGUGGAACCCCGACGUCGAGAUGACAAAGUGGCAGAUCUUCCUCCUGUACGUGCUGUUCGCGCUGCUGGGCUUCAGCCUCAACACGUUUGCCGUGCGCCUCCUGCCGAUGGUGGAGAAGACGGCGUUCUACUGGGGCGUGGUGGGGAUUAUCACCGUGUCUAUCACGGUGCUGGCGACUGCUGCGCCCAACUUCCAGCCGCCCAAGGCCGUCUUCGCGACGUUUACCAACGAGACGGGGUGGCCAUCCGGCGUCGCGUUCCUCCUUGGCAUGAUGCAGAGCACGCUCGGCCUGGCCGGCUACGACGCAGUCACGCACAUGAUGGAGGAGAUGCCCGCGCCGUCCAAGAACGCGCCGAAGGUCAUCAUGCUCGCCAUCAGCAUGGGCGCCGUAACCGCGUGGCUCUUCCUCGUCAUCCUCCUCCUCUGUCUGCAGAACCUCGAGGAAGUCAUGACCUCGCCCAUGGGGCCCCUGGUGACAAUCUACCUCCAGGCGACGAACAACCGCGUCGCAGCCACAUGCUUGCUGCUGUUCAACUUCAUCGCCGUCGUGUUCAUGACGCAGGGCGUCGUAACCGUCGCCUCGCGCAUGUGCUGGACCUUCUCGCGCGACCGCGGCUUGGGCCACGUGUCGCCCUUCCUCGCGCCGGUACACCCCAAGCUGCUCGUGCCCGUCGGCUCGCUCAUCUUCGUGCUCUGCGUGUCGGUCGUGAUCGGGUGCAUCUACCUCGGCUCGGACGUGGCGUUCAACGCGAUCGCCGCGUCGGGGCUCACGCUCGUCCAGCUGAGCUACCUCAUCCCCAUCGCCAUGACCUUUAUCCGCGGCGAGGCAGCCUUCGACGGCCAGCCACGCACCUGGUCGCUGGGGCGGUACCGCCGCGUCGUGAACGGCGUGUCUAUCGCCUUCCUCGUCGUCACGUGCACCUUCUUCUCGCUGCCGCCCGCGCUGCCGGUCACAGGCCCGGGGAUGAACUACGCCGUGGUGGUGCUCGCGACGGUCGCGAUCCUGUCCACGAUCGUAUGGUUUGCCGACGGGCGCAAGCGAUACUUUGGCCCCACAGAGCUUGAGGCGCGUCUGUCCGAGGGGCGCCGGACGUGGUGA